UCGCGACUGCCGGGCGGCAGGCACUAGGCGGCAGUGUACCGUCUAAUUCCGUGGCGUGCGUGUGUGUCGUUUGUGUGUCGCGUGACCGCCGUUCCGAUCUAUUUGUCUGUCGCCGUCGUCGUUACACACAAAUCAUUUUUCACGGUUGUCUUAAAAUUCAAUAUUAUAUAAUAUACAUCAAACGCAGUUUUCACGAUCAGUAAACUUGUCCUACAACUGUUACAGGAUUGUGCGCGGGUGAUUCCGUAUUCGUCGCACACGUUUACACACGCAUAUUUACAUAUAACGUAUAAUAUAAUAAUAUAUGUACGGACUGUGAUCGUCAUUGUUGGUGGUUGUGUCGGUGGUAUAUACAACUGAUGUAUCCCAACUCGUUCUCGUUAUCGUGCAAUAAUAGUGUGUAAUAUUAUGCUCGAGGCCAAUCGAUCCACGGUUUCCUGUUAAUGGUUUCCUCUGCAUUUACAUGGUGAGCACUAUUCUACCGACGGUGCAAUCGAACUUUCUUCGAUGAGAAUCACGUCUCUUUUUGUUUGAUGGUACUAGAACCAAAAGGAGAGCCUAGCACUGAUGGAAUCCAAAAUAGAAUUGGAGUUAAAGGGGUUUCCUAUACAUGUAACGAAGAUCAUAAAAAAGAAUUUGUUCGUAUUGAAAUUGACAUGCCUCCAGCUAAUGGUCAUUUAAAUGAACGUCAAAGACAGCCAUUAUUGGGCUUAUGUAAACAGGUGACAACAGCUAUUAGUAAUGGUGUUGGUUGGGAACCAAGAAACAAUUCAAAUACAGACAAUUGUGAGCAUCAACGACCUAAUAUGGGUCAUAUACACCAAGCUUUAGUAGACAACAAGCAUCAAUCUGAUGGUGGGACACCACCUGCUGAAGAUGAUAAUGGGUUUAGUGACAAAUAUCUCAACAAUAAUGCCAAUGUAGCAGCUGUGCACAUAGAUAUACCAAAUAAUGCUAAUGUGUUAUCAAAUGAUAAAAUUAGGAUCCCACAAGAGAAAUUCAAGACUUUUGUUGCACUAAUUCUGUUGAUUGUGAACUUUUUAAUCACCACUACAUCUUUGGCUGUUGUCCAUGAAAGAGUGCCUGAUCGUAGUCUAUACAAACCAUUACCGGAUACAUUUUUAGAUGCUGUACCUGCUCGAGACUGGGCAUUAGAUGUAUCAGAAAUAUUUAUCAUUGUCAGCACAAACUUAACAUUGUUAAUUAUUGCCAGUCAUAAGUAUAGGUUUAUUGUACUACGUAGACUGAUGUUCAUGUUGUCUCUUCUAUAUCUCCUUCGCUCUAUCACUAUGUUUGUAACUGUAUUACCCACUUCUAGUACCACUUAUUAUUGUUCGCCUAAAGCCAACUCAACAAAUCCAGUACUAAUUGCUAGACGUGUAUUCCAGUUGUUUUCUGGUUUUGGUUUGUCAAUCAAUGGCAAGCACACAUUUUGUGGCGAUUAUAUAUAUAGUGGACAUACUACAAUUUUAGUGAUGAGUUACUUAAUCACCGUUGAAUACUCUCCUAGACGAUGGUAUAUAUUACACUGGGCUUCAUGGUUAAUGGCAGCUGUUGGAGUAUUAAUGGUACUUAUAGCACACGGUCACUAUACUAUUGAUGUGAUUAUUGCAUACUUGGUUACUACACGACUGUUUUGGAUAUACCAUACAUUGGCUAAUAAUGUUUAUCUUAAGCUCAGCAGUUCCAAUAAUUACUUAUCACGGUCAUGGUGGUUUUGGAUGUUCAAAUAUUUUGAAGGAAAUAUCAAUGGUCCAAUACCUCGUCAAUAUGAUUGGCCUUUACCAUGGCCUCGACGGUUCACAGCCGCUAAAUAUCCAAAUCGAGAUAGUUAGCCCAGGUCACAAAUCUCAUUUAUAAAAAAUGUUCCUUGGCUGUAAAAUAAUAUUAAAAUAAAAAACAAUAUCAUAAAAAAUUAAUUAACAUUUCCAUACUCAUAACUAUUCCUACUUUUUUGACAUAUACACACACACAUACAUAUAUAUAUAUAUGUAUGU